CAGUCCAGUGUCCUCUGCCUAGCAAACGAGGAGCUGGAGGCCACGGCUUUUGCGUAAACAUUGGAUAAAAAUAAGGAAAGAUGACAAACCUUGCAGCACUCGUUAAAAAUAACUGGAUGCAGAUCCUGGUGCCCCUGGGUUUUGUGAUUGGCAUGUACCUGGACAGAAAACAGGAUGAGAAACUCACAGCCUUCAGAAACAAAAGUCUGCUCUUCGGAAGGGAACUGAAGCCUGGAGAGGAGGUGACAUGGAAAUAGCCCACCCAGCCCUAAAGAAAUCUGAAUAUUUAUGUGUUGUAAAAAAUUGACAAAUGUUUAAUUGUAUCUGCUAAUAAAACAUGAUCUUUCACAAUAAAA